GCCGCACCGUGACUCGUGGAUGUUCGAGAGAGACAGACACAGAGAAAGAGAGACAAGAGGCACGUAGAGAGAAAAAAAGAGUCGUCGGAUCGUGGACGGGCAGGAAAGGUGGGACAGAGAGAGAAGAUCGGCAGAGGGAAGGAGGUGUGCAGAGCAGAGAGCUGGUAGCCACGCUCGGACUCGCGUGGAUCAUCCAGAGCAGAGUACUCGGGGGCAGUCGAAGGAUUUGCAUCGAGGGGAACGGUACAGAGAGAGAGUCGGUCGCGUGUCCUACCGAGGGGGUUGAAACCGAUCGCGUGACGUCGCGACAGCGUGGUGAAAAGGACUCGCGAUCGUGGCUGCCGCGCUUCAGCGUCAAACGUGCGCACAGUGUGCGGUGUACCUCGCCACGUGACCGACCGACCGACCGCGGGUCUGGACUGCAGCAUAUUUCGGGCAGUGUGUGUCGAUCGGGAUCGAACGAUUUCGCGAUAGCUUGUCGGGUUGUCGGUAAACCAGGGUUAUGGUGUGCAACGUGUGAAAGAGGACUUGGACAAUCGGGCAGCAAGGUUUUUGUUGGUUUGUGCAGUUGGUGCACUGAGACACCGGUUGGCCCGCUCCUGUGGAUAUCGUCCGACUGCCAAGAUGAACCAACAGUGCAAGGUCUGCGGCGAGCCGGCGGCCGGUUUUCAUUUCGGAGCGUUCACGUGCGAGGGUUGCAAGUCAUUCUUCGGCAGAACGUACAACAACCCAGCGAGUAUAUCAGAAUGCAAGAACGGCGGGGUGUGCGUGAUCAACAAGAAGAACCGCACAGCGUGCAAGGCGUGUCGCCUGCGAAAGUGUCUGAUGGUCGGAAUGUCGAAGUCCGGCUCGCGGUACGGACGCCGCUCGAACUGGUUCAAGAUCCACUGCCUCCUUCAGGAGCAGACAAACGGAAAUCAGAACGUGACGCCGGGAGCUGGCUCUCCGUUCGCACCCGGCUUCCUGCCAGGCUUCUUGCCCCAGGCUCAAGGCCAGCAAGGUAGCGGAGUGUACAAGGACGGGAAGGAUCGUGCUUCACCUAGUCAGGAGGAUCUAGCCCUUCAUUCGCAUCUGUUGCACAUGGCGAUGUUCAAGCAGGAGCGCGAGAGAGGGAACAAAUCGCCGCACCCGGACGACGUCGCGCUUCAGAACCAACUUCGUCUGCUGGCCUGGCAGAAGGAGCGCGAGAGGGUCGGAGGCAAUCCUCAACAGCCACCGGGAACCCCACCCAGGGACACGACCCCGCCUCCCUUUUACAAACAGCAACAGCAACAGCAUCCGGGUUCUCCGAUGUUCCCGAUGAACUUCGCUCAAAAGGACGGCGUCUGCGUGCCGACUAGUCCGUCAGACGUGUUCCGGCCGUUCCUUCCGGUCUACAAGAGGACAGCCGACACUCCGAGCGACAGUGGAGCGUCCUCCGUGGACGGUGGCGACGGCCAGGACACCGAGUCCAGGAGUAACUCCGGACUGAGCUACUUCAAGAACAGCGCUGCGUCACCGACACUGUCGGAACGCGACUUCCCGGCCAGGAAGAUCAACGCCACCGUCACUCUCACCACGGGGUACCACCCUCACCAGAGUCUAGCCCUAGUGUACCCUCCGGAAAGUCUGGUCACGCCAGCGGCGUCGCAGCACUCGCCCAGGGGUGGCGAUCUACUCCUGGUCAGUCCCAGCCCCGGUGGCCUAGCCGUGGAGCAGUACGAACCCAUCGACCUGAGCGUCAGGUCGAGCAGAAGCUCCCCGCGGCCGAGUCAGUCCUCGGAGGAGGACAACAGGUCGAACGACAACGACUGCGACCGCGACAGCCCCGCGAAAGAGGAGUCCACGACGAAGAGCAAGCCUCUGGACCUGACGCUAGGCGUGAAGAGGCCAGCGGAGCUACCCAUGUCGUUGUGAAGCGUCUGACGACCUCGACAGGCCCGCGACGGGCUGGUCCCGAGUCCUUGCAGGCGCACUCUGGGUGCUGCCGAGUCCUCCUUGGAGGGAUUGAACGGUGGAGAGUAAUAUGGGUGUCAGGAACGACGAACCGCGGACCAGUGUCGGUUCUCCAAAAUGGAGGCGUGAGAGACGCAGGACGAAGACGGUGAAACUGAAAGGGAACGGGGAAUGGACGCGGACGAGGAAAAUGGUUGUCCGAGUUGUGUUCCACGGUGGAUCACGCGUCACUGGGAGGACGAAUCGUUAGAAAAUGGCGGCGCAGUCCGCCACGGAAAUGUGUUCAAAUUUGUACAUAGGUGCCACCGAUCCGAUCCGGGAGACGAGAGAUUAAUUUAUUUGCGACCGAGUAUCGUCGAUUGCGUACCGCUCUUUAAUCCUUCGCGUGUCACGCGCGUGCGGCAGGGGAAAGAGAAGAAAUAGGAGAGGACGAAGUAGGAAGUCGCUGUAUAAAGAAGAGUCGCGGAUAUACCGGCCAGUAGUGGAGUGCCUUAAUAUAAUAUAUUUAUAUGAAAUAUUCUAUAUUGUAUAUGUAUGUAUACUUGGAACGGACCGCUUUAGGAUCAUAUCUUUCGUUGUACGCGCGAUCCGUCGUGGAUCGCGUUGUUCUUCGUGUUGUCAUAUUUAGCGAGGCGUACGGGCGCGGGGGAGAGUGGAGAGAAGACGAUCGGGAACGAUCGCAUCCGCGACCCUGUCACGACGAGAGGCCAGUUAAUAAAAGUGAACGAGAGAAGUGACGUCACGUCGGUGUAUAAAACAAACGUGCAUCUUGUAAAUAAGCACGGGGUGGGGGAAGGAAAAAAAAUUGUGCGUGUAACCGAUAGAGGGGAGACUCUCCUGCGAAUCAGAGUAUCGCUUCUAUGCUUCCGCUUGAUGUACGGACCUCUCGAUUGGCGUUACGAACCAACUCAUGUUCUCUUCUUCCGACUCUUUUUAUCCGUUUUCCUCCAUUUUUUUUUUUUUUUUUUUUUUUUUUUUUUUGUACAUAAUAGCAUGUAAACGGUGAACACAA